UUGGAAACUACCGCAGCACCGGUGCUACAUACGUCCCAGCCACGAGAAGACGGUAAACUUAAGGUUCCGCCAGAAAUUCUUCCCAAAGAGCUGUCAACAUCAGAACCACUAGAAGCGGUCACCGAUGAAACAGUCGCUUACGUUCCCGAAUACGUUUCAGGAAUGCCUGUUGAGGAAGCAUAUACACCCGCUGCAAAAACACUGAAACCAACGAUUUUGACUAAGCCCACCAUGAUUAUCGGCACUGACGGAAAUCCACUACCAACAAACGAGCACGGCGAGGUUAUCGGCCCUGACGAUGAGCCGAUCAGGUAUAACGACAAUAAUGAACCUCUUGGCCCUGAUGGAGAAACGUUAAGAAAGGACGAACAGGGAAAUUACAUCUACCCUAUGCAUACUGUACUGCAAGAGCAAACAACUUCUGUUAUAGCUCGCACUGCCGAAGGAACAACAUUACGCACUCUAGUGUUAGCUCCAAUAUUAUAUGAAGAUGGCGUACUAUUGGCCAUCGCAAAUAACGGAACUCCGAUUCACGCAGACGGAAGCACACAUAUUUCGCAAGAAGCACUUAAUGAAAUUCUGCAAACAUUGGAACCCAUAGAAGUCGUCACUGACAAAACUGUUCCCCAUAUUGCUGAGUUCGCUUCUGGGGUAAGUUUUGAAGAAACAACACUUGCUACGGCGGUGCACAAACCGACUGUUUUCACAAAACCGACCAUAGUAGUCGACAUCGACGGUAAUCCUCUGCCAACAAACGACCACGGUGAAGCUUUCGGUCCUGAUGGAGAGCCGCUCUUCUAUAAUGAGAACAAGGAGCCUCUCGGCCCGGAUGGCGAAACACUGAAGAAGGAUAAAGACGGUAAUUUCAUUUACCCAAUGCAUGGUCACACGGUAGAGGUCUCUCAAGACCGUACUGUUUUAUUUGACGGAAACGCCGUACGGCCAGGUAAAGAUGGUAAAGUUACGAUACCACCACACCUAAUUAUCGAAAGCAAGUAUACGCCACAACCCAUAGAAGUCGUCACUGAUAAAACGGUUCCUCAGAUCUCCGAAUUUGCUUCCGGAAUCCCUACUCAAGAAGCAUUCGCAAGUGCGGUAACGACACUCAUUCCAGAUAGUGAAAAAAAAAUGAAUAUAAUUCUCGACUUAGACGGAAACCCGCUACCAACCAACGAGCGCGGUGAACCACUGAGCCCACACGGGGAACUAAUCCAAUACAACGAAAACAACGAACCGCUCGGCCCCGACGGUGAGACUCUCACGAAGGAUAAAGACGACAAUUACAUUUAUCCAGUCCGUGCAUUCCCGGAAGACCUCACAAUUACCUCAACAGCUCCUACUACCGCAAAAAUAACCACACUAAUCAAAAUGUCAUUUAAAAUAUUUUACGAAGACGGCAUACCACUUAGCACCAAUGAAGAUGGCCGCCCUAUUCACGCCGAUGGAACAACACCUGUGGAACUCAGUCAGGAAAAUGAGCCACUUGGCCCAGACAACAAAGUUCUAGAAAAGAACGAAGAAGGAAAUUAUGUCUGGCCUCAAAAAUCUACCGACGUGCUCGCCUCCGGCGUAGCAACAGCAAAAUCGCGCCUGCCUUUAUCACCAACAGCCGAAAUUUCUUCUGAAAAAAUCGCCAUAAUAUCCCCAACCACAGGAACAGCUCAGAAAUUUGUCGAAGUGAUACUACCAGACAAGGAGGAGCUGCGACUCAGCCCUAAUGAAAUAAAGGAACUCCCUAGCGGACAUAUUCUACGAGUCUUUGACGACGGCACAGCAUCCCUUGACGGAGACGUCAUAUAUCCAAGACAAGACGGUAAGAUCGAGAUCCCGCCAGAACUGACGACCAAGCAAGCGUCCACGUCACAGCCAGUUCAGGUCAUCAAGGACAAGAAGGUUGACCAGGUGCCUGAGGUCGUUUCUGGAAUUGUAUCGGAACACAUAGCCACACCUCCACCAACCCCGUCAAUUUCCGUUUUUGCAUCCAAAACGCCACCCAUUGUUGACAUUGAUGGAACUCCUUUACCCAUCAAUGAGGAGGGAGAACCUAUAGGCCCUGACGGACAGCCCGUCAAGCUAGACGAGGACAAUCAACCCAUUGGUCCAAAUGGUGAAACACUCAAGAAGGACAGUCAUGGUAAUUAUGUCUAUCCUACUCGUAUUCUACCACAAGAGCCAACAAGCUCGCGCGCAAUUCCUCUCAUCGAAAUUACAACAACCCGCCCGCGGGUAAUUCCGAGGGUGAUAUAUCAAGACGGCGUACCACUAACCACCGGAAGCGACGGUUCCCCAAUUCACUCCGACGGGAAAACAACCAUAGAACUCAACGAGCAAAAUCAGCCACUUGGCCCAGACAACAAUGUUCUGGAGAAGGACGAAGACGGAAACUACAUCUGGCCACAAAAGUCCGACGACGUACUCGCACUCGGCUACACAUGGCCCAGCAACAGUCAAACCAUUUGUGGAAGUGGUUCUGCCUGA